AUGUUAACCUCAUCCAUAUUAUCUGCACCGGACUUGUGCACCCAGACGCGUAUUUCGGACUCUUGGAAGACCACUCCCUCGACCAUUCGCACCAUCCCUGACUACACCAUUGACUUUGCGGGCCGGGAAGGAGACCUGCAUAUCAUCGCUGAGUUUGUGUAUACGUCGAAGGAUUCGUGCAAGAUUGUUUGCCUGCAUGGCCGCCCAGGCUGUGGCAAGAGUCAGUUUGCGUACCGAGUGGCGUCUGAGUUCAAAGAUCUGUUUCCGAACGAAGAGUUCGUAUGUGAUCUGAGAACACCAAAGGGAGGGACGCUAGAGCCACGGGAUGUCAUGGCUAUUCUCAUUCGGUCUGUAUGGCCUGACAAACGCCUCUCCAACUUAACAGAUGCUGCCAUCAAGAGUAUUUAUAUCUCUUGCUUCCGACAAAAGAGAACAAUCCUCAUCAUCGAAAACGCGAGCGACUACUCGUCUGUAGAGGAGCUCAUCCCCAGCGGAGUGGACUGUUUGUGUAUCAUCACAAGCCGAAAGAACUUGGGACUGGACAUACAGGUCAGAUACCCAACGGCCCUGAAUAUGGUAGUUAGUGAUCUCACUCCUACCGAGGGGUUGGAACUGCUCCGGAAGUUUGUGCCUGACAUCGACAGUGACGUGGGAUUGGGACUGUGUCAGCAGAGCGGGUUUCUGCCUCUAGGCAUACGAGUGAUAGGAGGCCUCCUGAAUCACCGGCCUAACCUAACCCCCGCCAUGCUACUGGCCAAGUACCGAACAUCUCCAAACAAACGCGCGGCACUGGCGGAUCGUUUAGGCUUAAGAGAAAUGUUGGACUUAGUUCCUAAAGACGACAUGGUUGCGCUUAGACAGCUGAGUGUCUUUGCGGGGCCGUUUGAUGGCAUGGCAGCAUCUUGCAUCCUGGGACUAGGCAUGAGGCGUGCUAAUUACGAAGACGCCGAGGACACUCUGGGCAAUCUAUUAGAGCAGUCACUGAUAGACUACGAUGCACAUUCCCUUCGGUACUCACAGAACGAUUUUUUGCGCCAAAUUGUCACGGAUCUAUAUAUGAGUAGUGACGAGACAAAGGGAGAAUUUGAGAAAAUAUCUACCACCGAUGAUGAUAGACAGGCCUCUUCCAUCGGUCAGAGUGAGUUAGAAGUUCAGAAACGGUUUGUCCGGUACUACUGCAAGGUGAUUCAUUCAGUGCAAAGCCUACCUACCGCAGACGCUGCGACUGAUCGUAUCCAAUCAGAUCGCCUGAAUCUGGAGGCCGCAUUUCGAUUAGCUGUCAAGGGUGGCGACGCUUUCCGCGCCGAGGCCCGCGACCUUGCACAGGGUUUGUACCUGUACCGUUUUACGCUGGACCCGAACACCAAGAAAGAAGUAGCCAGCUACGCAACAAACCACCACAGCAUGAACGACAUCAACUACGACAGCCUGAGCGCUGCAGUCCAAAAAAAUAUACCUGAUCCUACACUGAAUGAUAAAAUGAAUGACCUUGCCGUCAAUGAUAGUACACACGAUCCUGAGCAAAACGUUACCCAAAAUGCCACUUCGCCGUCCACUACAGAUACGGCCGCCCCCGACGCGACUUGCGAAGUUGGAACGAAAGCAAUGGAUGAUCCAAGCAAUAAAUCGUGA